AUGGAAGAUCACAAGCGAAAUGGGAUUUUCAACGAUAGUUUAAGCAAAAGAGACAAAAAACGUCAACAGAUAGGCUCGCGGUUGGGUAAGCUAGAUGUUAUGUUCAGCAGUGAUAGAGAUAACUUCUACAAGACACUGCUUCACAACUUGCAGAAUACGCUAGCGACCUUACAACAAGGAGCCAACGAAAACUAUUUGGAUAAGAAGGAAAACUUGGAAGAAGAGCGUGAUUACGAGUUGACUAGACUCAGACUAUGGGAGGAAUACCAGGUGAAAAGAAUCGAGGAGGAAUAUAAGGAGGAUUUGAUCAAGGCUCAAGAAAACCACGACAAGAUGAUCAAGUUGAUCAAAGAGAAGUUAUACGAUAAACUCCAGAAGCAGAUAAAACAAUUGAAAGAGGAUAAGCUAUUGCUUAAUUUGGUGAAUGCAAACUCGUGGAGCUCGAAUAUUGCCAACGAUUCGUCUACGGCUGCAUUGAAUGCAGUGGCCGCUAACACGUUGAAUCUUUCGGAUAGACGGUCGCUCAGAAAGCGAGAAUUGAGUUCAAGACUCACUGCUGGCGAAGCAGACGAUUUGUCGGAUGGAGGUGUGGGUUCAACAACUGCCACUGGAAACGUCUCGACGGCCAAUGGCUAUAUAUCUCUGUCAGGAAAGCGGAGAAGACAUUAUGCUACAAGAUACUCAUCGAACGACGAAAUAUCAUCCGGAAUCACCAGCACAGCUGCUAGCAACAAGAACAGCAAUGGUUACGGCCAUAAUACCCUCCACAACAAUGCAGUGGGGAGUGGGAAUGAAAGCAACUUGAGCGAUAAAGACUACGAUGCAUUGAACACAUUGAUCAUGGGUAAUGAAGAUGGUGGAGUUUCGUUGGUACUACUUGAUAAUGCACAGGCAAAUUCUAAUAAGCCUAAUACUCGAGGACUAAACAAACAAUUCACUGGGUUACAGGGGUUAAAACCAGAAGAAUUAAAUGAUGAUUUGACGUUAUUACGAAAUGCAAUUGUUAAAAAGGAAAAGUAA